AUGAUUGAUUUACAAAUACAAUCUUGGAUUUUUACAGGAACGGAAACCGACUUUUUCGCUGGACAUCGCGCUUGUCCCUGCCUAGAAGGACAUUACCGAACUCAUCUCUUCGACAAGUGUGUUAGAUGUGGCCGAGGCGGGCUGCUAUGCCAAGAUGAGUAUGCCUCAUUGAAACCUGGCUUUUGGUGGCAAUGGCGGAACGAGUCCUACAAACAUCGCUAUGAAUCUUUCAUGAAAAAUCUCGCCCUAGAGUUACCUGCAUUGGAUGAUUUCUCAGUGCAGUAUCCUUAUUCAAUACCAACACCGUAUAGAUGUCAGGUUGAGGAGUCUUGCAAAGGUGGUUUGGACUCACCAUGCGGAGAAGGGUAUCAAGGUCCACUUUGCGCUGUAUGCAAGCCAGGUUACUACAAACAAUUUCACUCUUGUGAAAAAUGUCCUUUAAGGGCCUGGAUCGCAGCACAGUUAUCUCUUAUUGCUUCUAUUAUAGCGAUAUUGUUGGCCCUUUUAGUUUGGAGAAAGAAAAAUAACCUUUCAAAGGACCGGGGAUCUCGUUUUGACAGUUUGUUGUCAAAACUUAAGAUCUUGAUUGGUUUUUAUCAAGUCACUCAUGGCUUGCUUGACGUGUUCUCGUUCAUUGAAUGGCCAGAUUCAUUGCAGGUUGUGUCCAAGUAUUCAGGAAUUUUACAGAUGAAUUUGCUUCGGGUAACACCUAUUCACUGCCUUAACCACGAAUUACACGUGGAUGCCUUUGGAGAUUUGUUUGUGCUCUUGUCAAUGAAUGCCAUUGUUAUCGUUGGUUCGUGUGUGAUCUAUGGUUUUUGGUAUAUGAUGAUCUCAAGAAACCAGAGCCUGGAGGAGGACGAAAGGGCACAAAAAAUUUCACAGAGGAAAGUACUUAUUUACAGAAAUGUUUUUUUCUUCCUAUACGUGACCUACCUAAGCACCUGUUCGAGGACAGCAAGCGUUAUGCCGUUCGCCUGCCAGAAACUCUGCAAAGAUAAAAGAGAAGAGCUAUGUGACGAGUACCUUAAAGUAGAUUACAGCAUAAAAUGCCAAGGAGCAAAUUACAAUCAUCUUGUAAUUAUAGCUUAUAUUUCAGCUGCAUACACCAUGGCUUUACCUGCUGUUUCUUUCGUCGCCCUUUGGAGGCAUCUGCGAACAAUCAUAACGAAGAAAGACGGAGAUGAUGGCUGUAAUCCAGAGGUUGUUGACGGAUUGCGCUUUCUCUUCGAAAAUUACAAACCUCGUUCCUGGUAUUGGGAACUGGUUGAAAUGACCCGAAAACUCAUUCUUACAUGUGGCCUCAUUCUCGUGGGUCAAGAAAGCAGAUCCUACAUUGGAUUGGCAUGGGUGGUUGCCGGUAUGUAUGCAGUGGUUUUUUGCUGGGUCAAACCCAUGCAAGACACUUUUGAGAACAGGCUGAUGUCCACUUCCCUUGCUGUUACAAUUGUAAACCUGGGUAUUGGUGCUGUGAGCAGAAUUCCAGCAGAGAACAUAUCAAACAUGGCGGACCAUCACAAGGACGCUCUGGCAAUGAAAAUACUGAUUUUGGGGGCAAAUACGUUGGUGAUUGGCCUUCUUGUUGGUGAGAUAAACAUUAAUUGCAUGGAAAAAAAAACUAAACUGCAACUUUUAACUGUUACUUCGUGUUGUUAUAUUUCCAUUUUCCAAAAUAUUAACCUUACAAGUGUCAUACCAUUCACAUUGAAGGUAACCUUAUCGUAUCUCGAGUUUAUCUGAAGAGCAACCAAUCGUUGAAAAAAAACGCAAAACAAGGAUUUAGUCUCUCUAUAGGAGCUCAACUGAUUUGGUUAACAAUUGAAACUACGUUCCAAGCCUCUAUGGUUUGUAAUUCCACACCCUAUGGAAUUUUUACCAUAACUCAGAAGAGGUUUAACUCUUUGGUCAUUCAUUUUCUUCUUAGUUCAGUACCUGGCAUACUUACAUCAGUUCUUCAAAGAGUGGCGCAAAAAUCCAAAAUGGUCCUUGUCUUGCUGCCUAGCCUUGCUUCUUCCACUUAAUGACCUUCAAGGCGAGAUUCGUGGAAUGGUUGGCAAGAACAUGCUUAAAACACAGCUUCUGUCAGGGAUCAUUGGGAAGCCCUCCAUUGCAGCCAGUGCAAAAGGUACUGGAGCUUUGAGUUUUUCUCCAACCCAUGAAGAAAAUGAAAGAAAAGGAAGAAGUUCAGUAAAAUCCAGAACGACCAGAAAAAGCCUUACUAAAUGUGAACGUGGGACACAAACAGAAAUAUUCACACCGGUAUCUACCGCUACCGCUGAACAUGCACAAGUAUCACGGAAAGCUUGCCAGCAGAUAACCAUGUGAGUACGUGUUUAAUGAGUUCCUGUUUUCGUUUGUCUGAUCUCUUUAUUUCGUUUGUAUAAUGUAGAAUCUUUUCACACUUGUACAUCUCUAGGAUCUGCCAACCUGUAUUUUUGGUUAGUCGUAGACGAAUGAUAUGUCGAUGAUCCUUCAUUUGAUAUAUGAGAGAAAAUAUAAUGGACUGUCUAAUUUGUGACAGAGAUUCUAUUGUUAAACCUUUUCAAGGAUUGUCUUUCUCUAGGGAGGGAUUGAGAACGAGCUCCCACGUACGCUGGCCAGUUACCAUGCAUUUUUCUUAGUUGUUUUUGUCACAUAUGCUACAACCCAUAUACACUUGAAUUACUUCAUAUGUUUAUGUAAUAGAGACUUUAAAAAAUUCCUCUUGCUCUCAGGAUCCGGCACUCUGACCAUCACAUACCACUUGCUGAAGUAGAGGAAGGCACUUCAAAAGAAGAAAAGACGGACUGGAAUAAUGGGGAAUGA